AUGUACUUCACCGACGAUCAACUGUCCAAUGACCCAGAGUUGCGUCCCAAAACCUGGCGUUCGAAAACCGCCUUCGAGCACGAACGUCUUCUUCUCCNNCUCAACACACUGGCCAGUAUCUUGCACGAGACGGCUGCACCUCCUACGACCAUGGUACCCUCAUCCACCACUUCCUCCUUGGUCUCCUCAAGCUCCAGUUCUCUGGUCUCUGCCACUUCAACAACCAUCGCUGUCGACCCAGAAAAGACACCUCGUCCCACAUCUUCGAUCUACCCCAGCACCUUUGCUUCGUCCAUUGCCUCAACCCCUCGCUCCGUCUCCUCAUUCUUCAACACGCCCUUUGGCUCUUCCUCUCGCAUGUCUGUCAACACUUCUUCUCCUGGUCUUGCACCUCACACACCCAUCGUCUUUUCCUCGCCCCAAACCAGCACUUUUACCUUCGAGACCGCAAACCCUUCUCCUGCGAGGGUUGACUCGGUAAUGGGAAGCCCUAUCCGUUUCCUGUCGCCUAGCAUCUUCAAGCGCAAGAACAAGAAGAACUUGAAGAAAGACGACGCUGGUCUAGAGCAGAAUAGUGUUGCUGGCGCUACUGUCGAGGAAGGAAACAUUUUCUCGUACUUCAAGGCUGCUGCUGGCAAGGGAGACGACUCUGAAAGCGAAACGAACAACUCCAAGGGCGAAACCACCGACCAUAAAAACAGUGUUUGCGAAGACGACAGUGACAACGAGACCAUCAGGGGUGUCCCCAGCAGCAGUAGCUUGGACAAGCAGGGCAAGAAAUAUGUCGUUGAGGCUCUUGGUCUUGGUAAGAUUGGCGAACCUCAGUCUCUCGAGCAUCAGUUCCGCUUUGUCAAGAAGCAGAUCGAGACGGCCAGGAAGAUGUUUCUCUGCAGCAAGUUGUGA